GCUCACUCGGCCGGAUGGAAAAGGCCAAUUUCCACAUCUCAGCUGUCAGGCUCCGAAAUUACUCGUGCGAGGAGAGGCUGGGACUAGACGGGAGCGGUGAGCUGGGCAGCUGACAAAGAAGCAGACUCUGUGGUCUGAGCUUCAGACAGAGUUUCCCGGCACCGGGGUUCCCAAGCGCCAGGCCUUUGUGCAAGGCCACGGGUACUGAGGGACAGCUUCCUCCACGGUGGUAUCCCGCUGCUGCAUCCCUGUGGCCCUCCGUCAGCCCAAGACUCAGGCCUCCCAGGCGCCUGAAGUCAGCUCUUGGCCCCUGCCUUUUGCUGCUUUAAGCCCCCAGCCCCCAGCCCCACCUUCCCUAUAAGUUCUGAGUAGUCAUUCCACUGAGUGGGAAGGGCGUCCACUAACAGGUGGAGAGAGUUGAUACAACCUCCUCCGCUGGUGCCUCCUGCCCAGCCCCUCGCCGAGGGGUGGCUGCCUGACUCCCUCCGGGCCCAGGGGGGCAGGAGCGCGAAAACCCCUCACUUGGAAAACUUACAGACUUGUUUUAGCGUAAACAAAUACGAAGUGUUCAGAGCUCAGGAAAGUUGCUAGUGGGUAUUAAACUGCCCCCCAAAAAAGAGAAAGACAUUUUCUUUGAAGAAAGUGAAAAAGGUCACUUUUUGCUCUCAAUGUUAUAACUGGGACCUAGGUCAGGGUGAUGCCACCUGAGGAAGCCCGGGGUGCCGAGGCCGUCCUGCCUGCAGUCACCAAGGAUGUGCCCGGUCCUCUUGCUCUAGGCUAGGAUGUCCCCUGGGGGGGAGCCCCAGCCCCACCCCGGAGCCCACAGGAGCCCUGCCAGGUGUGGUGGCACCAGGAGGGGUGUCAAAGGAAGCCAGGCAGGGGGCUGUCGGCCACGUCUUCGUGGCCACCCGCAGGUGCCUGGGCUGGACCCACGUGUUUGCAGGGCCUCUGGACAGGUGGCGGAGCAGCCCGUUCUGUCCACUCUCCCCAGUUACCUGGUCCUCGACCUGACUCUGCUCUUUCUGAUGGGGAUUCUGGAAGCAAUUCGGUUAUACUUCGGCACCAAGGGCAACCUGAUGGAAGCCGAGGUACCGCUGGCCGCCAGCCUGGUCCUCACGGUGGGCGGUGCCCUGCUGUCCGUCUACUUCCUGCUCUGGCAGACCCUGGUGCUGUGGGCAGACUCGGCCCUCAGCGCCGUGCUCCUGGCGCUCCACGGCCUGGAGGCCGUCCUGCAGGCGGUGGCCAUCGCGGGCUUCGAGGGCUAGGUGGGCGGUGCCUGGCCCGCGGGACAGCCCUGGGCAGGAGACCUUCCUCAGAGCCAGACUGUGCCCCAGCCGUCACCUCCCCCACUGACAGUUGCUGAGCGGGAAGGACAUCUUCGUGCUGACCUGCCUCAGUGUUUGUUAGAGGGUCAGAUGGUGUGGAGGGUCUGUGAGGCGGAGGUGGGGUCGGGAACCAGGGCAGAACAAGGUGCUGGGCAGGGGCUGGGUGUGGCGGAAGCAGGGGUGGGGCUGUCCCCGCCGGUCUGCGGGGAAUCGCGGGGACAUCUCGGGCUGGUGGGGGUCUGGCUUCAGCAGCCACCGACAUCCGGGGUGCAGAGGGGAACGAGGCCUUUGGAAGGCAGGCAGCCAGGCCAGUGCCCUCGCGGUGUCCGUGGCAUCUCCCUCUCAGGCCGGGAUCGGCCGUCUCUGCUCUCCCUGCAGCUUCGGGGUGGCACAGGGACCAGGGGUCCUGCUCUGCGGGCCAAGCCCCGGGCAGGUGGUGCGCUCUGCCGCGCACAGGAGGCACCUGCCGAGGGCCAGGCAACUCGGGGCUGGGGGGUUUCCUUUCCCUUGGGGGCUCUGGAGAAAGGCGAAGGUGACCUGGAAGCCCCAGCGCAGAGGGGGGGAGGAGAGCUGGAGAGGCCCCCGUAGGGGUGCUGUCCGGCUCCCAGGCCCUCUGCAAGUGCUCCUGGAAGGGGUCUGCGCCGAUGUUUCCUAGUGACUUCCCUUGGUCUCAAUUUCACAUUUUCUAAGUCUCGAGUAACGUUGUGUUUGAGCAUCUGGAUAGUCUCUCUUCACGGUAUUUUUAAAUAAAGAAGCUUCUCUACCUCUCUGAA